AUGUUGCUUGUUAUUGGAGAUUUGAACGCCAAAGUAGGGACAGACAAUACCAACUACGAGAGAGCUAUGGGCGUGUAUGGCUGUGGCACAAUGAACAACAACGGCGAACGACUUGCAGAUUUUUGUCUCAACAAUGACCUUGAAAUUGGAGGUACUAUAUUCCCCCACAAGAACAUCCACAAACUCACUUGGAGGUCACCAGAUGGAAGAACACUCAACCAGAUUGACCAUAUCAUCAUUAAUGGAAAAUGGCGACGAUCCCUUUUAAAUGUUAGAGUGUAUCGAGGAGCCGAUGCAUCGAGUGACCACAACCUAGUUGUAACAUCAGUGAAACUGAAACUUCGCAAGGUAAAGAAGCAAUUCCAGCAGAGGAAUCAACUUGAUGCCGUCAAGCUUAAGUGUUCCAAGAUUCAAAAGCAGUUUGUUCUAGAGGUAAAGAACCGCUUUCAGGCACUUGCCGACAAUGCUGAAGACACCCCGGUUGAAACCAGAUGGAACAAGAUCAAAUCUGUGUAUAACGAGGCUGCAGUCAACAUAAUAGGCUACAAGAAGAAGAACAGCAAGCAAUGGUUAUCACCUGAGACAUGGAAGAAGAUAGACGAACGAAAAUAA